AUGGCCACGCAAGAGGCACAUAAACCCUCAUCCCCCACCCACUCCUGUCCACCAAGAUCUCGAGAAGCACAUACUGUAUCUUCCACAGAUCGCAAUGACCUUCCGAAAGAAAGCUCAUCAACUAGCCUCCCUCCAAGCGACAUGGAAGCAUCUACCUCGUCAUCCAGCACAGAAUGGAAACCCCAAAGGCAAGAAUACUUGAUCAUGUUAACCAUCGCCUUCAUCUCAUUAGUGGUGGCACUUGAUGCCACCAUCCUGGUCUCGGUCCUCCCCACCUUGGCUGUUGACCUUCACGGUUAUGCCGAAGAGGCUUUUUGGGCAGGGACAUCCUACCUUUUGACCUCAGCUGUCUUCCAGCCUUUCAUUGCGGAUCUCUCGGAUGUUUUUGGUCGUCGGCAGCUCCUACAGGCAUCGCUGGUCUUUUUCACCGCAGGCUCGAUUAUCUGUGCUCGUGCAGGGAGUUUUCCUGUCUUGCUGGCUGGCCGCUGCCUCCAAGGUAUCGGUGGCGGUGGCAUAAUCACGACGGGGCAAGUCGUGUUCGCUGAUAUUGUGCCGUUGCGGCAGCGAGCUAAAUGGUUCGCACUGGUCUUGGUAGCCUGGGCGUUGGGUAGCGUUUUUGGGCCCCUUGUCGGAGGUCUCUUUGUUCAACACUCGACCUGGAGGUGGUGUUUCUACAUCAACCUGCCUUUCUGUGGUAUUGGUUUGAUCUUGGUUCACUUCUUCGUCCGCUUCCAGACGGACAGAUCAUCCUUGCGAGAGAAAUUAGUGCGCGUUGACUGGAUCGGCGGUUUCCUCUUCAUUUCCAGCCUGACAAGCUUCCUUAUGGGUAUCUCGUGGGCUGGUAUCCAGUUUCCUUGGUCAAGCUUCCGUACGAUCACACCGAUCGUUGUCGGUACCGUGGGAAUCUUGCUCUCAUUGCUCUGGGAACGUUAUGGCGCAAGACAACCAUUUCUCAGAAGAUGCCUCUUUUACAGCUCUUCCGCUGUUGCAGCCUAUGUCUGCGCUUUUUGUCAAGGGUUGGUCCUCUUUUUGGCUCUAUAUUACGUGCCAUUCUAUUUUAUGGCUGUGCACUUCGCCACUGCAACCAAGGCUGGCAUCAACAUCUUCCCAGUGACAUGCUUUCUGCUCCCAAGCUCAGCAAUCGUCUCGGUCCUGAUCACGCAUCUGGGCCGAUUCCGAUGGGCUCUCUAUCUCGGUUGGACAAUCACGACGCUCGGUUCUGGCUUGCCUAUUCUCAUGGCCGUUCGUGGUGAGAACAUCAAGACGGCAGAAUGGGUUGGCAUCUUUGUUGUCUUCGGUUUGGGCAACGGCAUAGUCCUGACCAGUGUCAAUUUCGCGAUCCAAUCGAUUGCCCGUGGUGAGGAUUGUGCUCGGGCUGCCAGCAUGUAUGCCUUCUUCCGUACGCUAGGGAUGACCAUCGGUGUGGCUGUCGGUGGCACAGUCUUUCAGAACAUGAUGUCCUAUAAGUUGGAACAGCUAUCUCAGCCGACUUCCAUCGCUCAACAAGCACAAAGUUUCAUCACCAGGCUAAAGACAUACAGCAGAGACGAUCCCACACGGCAUGACAUCCUCGAGGCAUACGGUUAUGGCUUCCAGGGUGUAUUCAUGGUAAUGACUGUUAUCAGUGCUGUUGGGCUGUUGUCCUCCUUGGUUGUCAGAAGGCAUAGCAUGGAUAAGAUCUUGGAAUCCAAGCACAGGAUUCAGAGGUGA